AUGGAAGGCAAUUUGGAGAUCGCUCCGAGAGAUGCGCCCUUAAUGGUCGCGUCAGGUGAGUCGCCUCUCGAGGCAAUGAUACGGCCGUUCGUUACAAUGACAGGAUCAGCCUACGUGCAAGAGACAAAGGCAUGCAUUACCAUAGCGAGGGUUGGGGUGGGUGUGGCCGAAUUAAUCACAGGACUGCGCAUGCGACGGUUCAACUGGUGA